AUGGUAUUUUUCAAACGGAAGCCGGUCACAUACCUCCCACGACCCGUGAUUCAUGAUGACAACUCCGAGGUCUGGGUUGUCCCAGAGACCAGCGAGGUCUUCACGAGCUAUGAAGCGUACCUCGCCCGGAUGGAUUUCUACAAACAACGCCGGUUUAUAUGUGAAAUCACGGGCCAUUCUGGUCUGAAUUUCUUCGAGGCAAUGCGCAGUGAGAUGGAGGAAUCGCGCGAGGUGAACAGCAGCUUCCCGGAAGCGCUCAGGGAGCCAAUUUUGCGUCGAAUUCAGUUCUCUACGGUCUCAAGGGUCGAUAAUCUGGUGGAUGAGAUAUUUGAAGAAUUCAAGUUCGAUUUUUACCCCGGAGAAAAUGUGUUGAUUAUCCUGGAAGAUGGCAGUAGGCUACAUGGGACUAUCAGGGAUAAGGCAAACUUCGCCGAACAACUGUUUGAGGAUGGCACUGUUAAAAAGCCAGCGGCUUCUACAUAUCUGGUCAAGAUCCUCGAUCGUCCGAAUGAGGAGGCCCUGUUGGACCAUAAUCAUAUCACCCGCGACCGGAAGGCCUUCACCAAGCUGAUGCUAAGGGGAUUCAUUAAGCACAACGUGACUCGCGAAUCCUGGACUGGUGCGCCUUGGCUGGUCAAACCUUCGAUUGCCGACGAAUACAAGAUCUCCACUGAGGUUCCCAAACACCUCCAGUAUGGCUCAAAAGUCGCGGAGAAGAAGGCAAUGAAGAAGGCAGACCAAGACGGAUAUUUUGGCUUCUUCUCUUCCCAGCAACUGCCAGCCCUGAAACCAGCUAUGAAAGGGCAGAAAUCGAAAUUGUCUACCCAGGAUUUAGCAAAAUCUAGCCAGGCGCAGUACGAGGAAUAUCAGCGAUCGCUGAACGGCAAUCCCUCAUUUCUACUUCCAAAUAAUCCCCUACGCCCAUCGAAGCCACCGCUGCGAGUCGACGGCUCCAUCUCCCCGCCGAUCCGUUAUCCGAUGGAGGACUUGGAGCUUCCACCCUGCCGAGGUGACAAACACCGCCCUACUUUGAAGUUUAUGAUGCUAGGCGAGUCAGAUGAUGAUGGUGCCGAGGAUCUUUUGCCCGAUGACUUGGAGCCUGAAUCAGUUGGAUUGCUUCUGGAGACCUGGGAUACUCUCAACGUUUACUGUGAGGUAUUCCAGAUUGACUCGUUCACUUUUGAUGAUUUUCUUCAAUCUAUGCGCUUCUCUUCGGAGCAAAUGGAGUGCGAAUUGUUUAUAGAGUUGCAUUGUGCGAUUUUGAAGAAAUUGGUCAAUUCGGAAAAUGAGAAUGGUGCUAUCCAGAUCAAUCUCCCUGAUUUCCCUGCUGAAGAAUCUGACGAUUCAGAGGAAGACGAUGAAGAGGGUGAAGAUGAUGAUGACGAAGAAGAAGAAGAAGAACCAGCAGAAUCAGCAGGGAGAAUGACUACCCGAGGAAGCUUGGCCAAGAAAGAGCUGGAGACGCUGAAAACGCAGAUUGACGAAGAGGAGGAAGAAGAUACUCAGAUCCAUCGUGCCGCGGAAAUGUUUACCAACUAUGGAUGGAUUGAUCGUCUUCGUCGACGGGACUUCCGCAAUGGUGGAUGGGAACUAGUGAUGAUCGGUCUCCUGCACCAGCUCUCUGUUCGCCCUCGCUAUGAGGCGACCUGCAACGAGAUUCUCAAGCAUCUAGCACCGCUCGAUGCGAAGCCAAUCCAGAAAACCGCUCAGCAACAGUACAGUACUCUCGACAUCAACUUGCGUGUCAAGGCUCUGCAGAUCAUCACCCUGCUCAGUCUAGAGACAAAGGCUAUCCGAAACUACCUGGAAGAAUGCAGUAACCAAAUGACCGAGUUUCGGAAGGUUAAAAUCGAACACCAAAAAGCACGCAAGGCAGCACUCGUUGAACUUCGCCAGCUUCACCUGGACCGCAAAGCUCUCCAACCGGAACCCGAAAAGAAUGAAACCGACAAGAAAGAGAAAUCUCCUUCACCCGUGCCAGAGCUUGAUGGGAUGGAUGAUUCCAAGUUGACUCUCGAAGGUGAUUCCGAAAUGCCGAUAGAUUCGGAGGAUGAAGAUACACCUCGGCCACGAGCACUCCGUGGAGGCGUCGACCGUGUCCUCGAGCGGAAACGAAAACAGGAGAUUGAACGAGAACGCAAGGAACAGCUGGCCAAGCAGCCCAAGGGUUCUAAGCAAUACCAGAAGGUUCUGAAGAAGAUCGAUGACCAGAAGGCAAAGAUCGAGAAGCUUCAAGACGAAAUUGACAUAGUCGAUAACGACCUGCGUGAGGCCGACUGCCCACGAACAAGGUGUUUGGGACUGGACCGCUUCUGCAAUCGUUACUGGUGGUUUGAACGCAACGCAAUGCCUCGCGAGGGUAUGCCGGAUAGCUCCACCUCCGAGGCCCAGUAUGCCAAUGGCCGCCUUUGGGUGCAGGGCCCCGACGAUAUGGAGCGUGAGGGCUUCAUUGACUUGACCGAUGAGCAACGCAAGGUUUACCACAAACAUUUCCAGACCACCCCUGCCGAGCGCAAGAAGCACGAAGAAGGAUCCACACACCUGCUGAAUGCUCGCGAAUGGGGUUACUAUGAGGAGCCGGAGUCGAUUGAGCAGUUGAUGGAAUGGCUUGAGCCGCGAGGAACUCGCGAAUUCAAGCUCAUGAAGGAACUCCAACUGCAGAAGACUCAUAUUGUGAAGUACAUGAAGAAUCGCCAGGCCUACCUGGUCGACUCUCGUGAACGCGCAGAAUCAGAGGAAAUGCCCACCAAACGGGUCACCACUCGCAACAAGACAUACGUCGACGUGAAUGAACACAGUCUUCGCUGCCUCCGCUGGAAGAAUACAACUGCCAUGAACGAUAUCGGACAUCUCCACGUGGACCCUGAUCGACCAGCCAAACGACAGAAGCGUAAUACAGAUGACACCCGUGAGACCAAGGCAACACGAGGCAAGCCAUUGACCCGUCAAGGUUCCCGUCGAGGUUGA